UAUUAGUCUCUCUCUCUCUCUCUCUCUCCUAAACUCGCAAACCAGGGAGAAAGAUUACCGGACAUACCGGUUAACAUGUUGAUCCCCAGUCGGUCACCGGCCAUGUCCCUCAUCAGCGAUUCCGCCAAAUUCUUUCCUCAGUUGUCUGAAGUCGAAGGCCCUAUAUACCACCGAGGCUGAGGUUUAAGUUUUCGGGGCUCCGAAAAUUUAGCCUGAACGCGGCAUUGUAUUAGGUUCUUCUUCUCUGGCCAUAAAAAUAACUUCUUUAUUGUAGCUUCCGCGCUUCCUGUUUGUCUCUGGCCCAGGUCUCCAACUGAGCUGCCACUUUUGCAUGAAGCCGCACACCAUACGGGAAAUUAAAGCCUAACGAUGCCUAAGGUUGGGUUCUGAUUUACUACUAUGUUUCCCAAUUUAUAAUUAGUAAUAAUUGAUUAAUUCUCAUGGACCAGCAUAACGAGUUGCUACUCUUGCCAAGUUUCUCAGAAUCAAGAGCAGGCAUCUUCUGGAUUAUUUAUUUGGACUAGAUCGUUGGUGUAUUCGGCUUGAUUUUUAAUGGCUAGCUCCGUUAGGGUAAGCAGUGAAAGUCUAUUUGUCAAAACUGUGUGUGCCAUUGUGGUGAAGGGUCACUGGGAUGAUAUUUUGAAGCCCAAGAUUGGUUCUUUUGUGUCUUCAAGUACGAUCAAUCAGGCACUUAUUAGCCUUUCGUCAUAUGGGUUUUCUCUUUCUUGGUCAUUUUAUAAAUGGGUUGAAACCAUUCCCGAUUACAACCAUUCUUUACAGUCUUGUUGGACAAUGAUUUGUGUGUUAACUAAGCAAAAGCAUUUCAAGACUGCACAUGCUAUGCUUGAAAAGAUUGCGCUUAAAGAUUUUUUGUCAUCGCCAACGGUGUUGAAUGCUCUUGUGAGCGGUUGUGACAGUCCAGAUGUGAAUUCUCAUGUUUUGAGUUGGUUGGUGAUAUUUUAUGCUAAUUCUAAAAAGACACAGGAUGCCGUUCAAGUGUUUGAGCACAUGAGGCUAUGUGGGUUUAAACCUCAUUUGCAUGCUUGUACUGUCCUGUUGAACUCUUUGGUCAAGGAUAGAUUAUGUGAUACAGUGUGGAAAUUAUACAGGAAGAUCAUAAAAGCUGGGGUCGUUCCGAACCUGCAUAUAUACAAUGUGUUGAUUCAUGCUUGUUGCAAGUCCGGGGACGUGGAGAAAGCAGAAGAGUUAUUGAGAGAAAUGGAGUUUAAGGCUGUAUUUCCUGAUCUAAUAACGUAUAAUACGUUAAUCUCUUUGUACUGCAAAAGCAUGCAUCAUGAGGCUUUGUGUGUGCAGGAUAGGAUGAAAUGGGGUGUUUGUCCGGAUAUCUUUACCUAUAAUUCUCUCAUUUACAGUUAUUGCCGGGAAAGUAGAAUGAGGGAGGCUCACAGGCUUUUUAAGGAAAUUAAAGGGGUUACACCAAACCAGGUUACAUACACUACCUUGAUCAAUGGAUAUUGCAGAGUGAAUGAUCUUGAUCAAGCUUUACAAUUGCGUGAUGCCAUGGAGGCUAAGGGGUUGUAUCCUGGUGUUGUGACUUAUAAUUCAAUUCUUCGCAAACUGUGUGAAGACAGUCGGAUAAAGGACGCAAAUAGACUGUUGAAUGAGAUGAAUGGGAAAAAGGUUGAACCUGAUAACAUCACAUGUAAUACUUUGAUAAAUGCCUAUUGCAAAAUUGGAGAUAUGAGGUCUGCUUUGAUGGUUAGAAGUAAGAUGUUAGGGGCUGGAUUGAAACCUGACUCUUUUACUUUUAAGGCAUUAAUUCAUGGGUAUUGCAAAGUGAAGGAUGUAAAUGGCGCUAAAGAUAUAUUAUUUGAGAUGCUUGCUGCAGGACUGUCUCCAAGUUAUUGCAUGUUCUCUUGGCUUGUAGAUUUUUACUGCAACCAAGAUGAUGAAAAAGCAAUAAUAAAAUUGCCAGAUGAACUUUCAGAGAGAGGUCUUUGUGUUGACAUCUCUGUAUACAGGGCACUUAUACGACGCCUGUGUAAGCGGGAAAAGGUUGAUUGCGCCGAGAAAGUUUUUAUCACUAUGAAUGAGAAGGGAAUAUCAGGAGAUAGUGUGGUAUACACUAGUCUGGCUUAUGCUUAUUUGAAAGAGGGAAACAUGGUCGCAUUUUCAAGUUUGUCACAUGAGAUGUAUAGGAGACGGUUGAUGGUAACUCUCAAAAUCUACAAAAGCUUUAGUGAUUCUUUUGCUAAUGAUGGAAGCUGCCUAAAUACCUUUUGGGACAAUUUGGUCCAUAGAGGCUUAAUUUCUAAAACUACUCAAAUUCACAUUCAAGAGUUGAAAAUAAAUGAGGGUUGACAAACUUCUAAAUUUGUGUUUUCAAGCUAGCCACACUACAUGGGUAGUUCAGUGUGGUUCGCCUUCAUAUGCACCAGGAUGUUGAACAAAGGAUAUAAGUUGCUGAGCAUCAACUUCUCUUGCUUUUAGAGACCAUAUCUGUGGCAAUUCAAUCCCUUUGGCAGGUUCUGAUGGCAUAUGGUACUGCUUAAUUUCCCAAGAAUAAUCUUCAUUGCAGGAUUUAACAAGUGGGCUCUUUGUCUAAGCAACACGGCUUUUGUUCUGCAUAAAGCUUAUUUACGCUGGGUCUGAAAUUAUUUACAGGAAAUUCAGAUGGAUCAGACCCUAAGGGGAUACUCUUUUAGUCAUUUUAUGGAUUUGACCAUCGAGGAGCUUCAUAAAGCAGCCAUGGUCAUCAAGAUAUCCGAGCUCUGGAUUUUGGACUUUGAUAGUGGCCACUGGCAAGCAACCAAUGGGACCUGUAUUGUGCAUCCAGAAUACUCUUGCUUCUUUUGAAUACAAGUCCUGCCAGAUAUAGCUGUCAUUAAGUAUCUUGUAGCAGUGAUGAAUAGAUCAUUUGUUUGUUAUGCAGUUGAUUGUCACUUCUAAUCAUUGAAUGAUCUGUAGAACUCACUCAGAUUUGUUUAGAAAACUGGCUGAUUAUAUCAGGAAGAGUGGCUUAAAGCUCUUCCAUGCUCAUUGUUUGGAAACCGGCAGGUAUAUCAAUUUGACCUAUGUCAAAUGAGUAAAGAGCCUUUGAGAAGUCUUGUGGUCUAGGGAGCCUGUUUACAUCAGAUGCUAUCUUGGCCGCAAAAUUUGAGAAGAUUCAUAUCAAUCAUCAAGCUUAGGAUGUAUAUAUAAUUUACCAACGUAUAUUGGUUUCGAGUUCGGGAUUUCUUCUACCUUGAUCGUAGAAGUAAGCUGUUCGUGCUUUAGUGUUCGACUUGAAUAUCCGGAGGAAACGGGCUUACACCUGUCAGAAACCAAGAUUCGUUCUGCCGGCAAAUGGUGGCCCUCCAGUUGCAAAGUUUGCUCCAUGCCGGAAACUGGUUCCUACUGAAUCCAGGUAGGGACUUAGCAACAGUAAUCCAGGUGCUCAGCUGAGUUUAGAGGAACAAACAUUAGUUGAAGCAUUCCUUAUUACAACUAAAGGAGAUAAAGGACCAAAACCCCGUCAGCAAAACAAAGAUAAGAUGGGUAGUGAUCAGGUUUGAGGUCUCAGAAAUGUCAACAAUGACGUCUAUAAUCAAGCAGCCAUCAGAUCCCCGACCAGCAAAUCUAUGGAAGUACGUCUCACCACAAGGUGCUAUCAUUGGAAAAAAAUGCUGCUGCCAUUCCUCCUGUAUCUGAAUUAGAAUCACCGAAGUUGUAAGGUGCCGAGUAGUCACAGGACCGUAAAUCCACCACCUUUUUUGUUUGUUUCUGCUGUCAAUCCACAUGAUAAAACUAUAACCACUUAAGAACACAGCUCUCAGAGACUCCAUUUUUUCUUGCCUAAUAGUUGAAAUUAUGUGCUGAAUGCUCGGGUUUCACA